GCCUCUCAAGUUUUCUUUCUUCAGACAGGGUCUCUAUGUAGCCCUGGCUGCCCUCAAACUUGCUGUGUAGACCAGGCUGGCUGGAAAUGACAGAGAUCCACCCGCCUCUGCCUCCCGAGUGCUGGCAUGUGUCACGGCUACCUGGACCAAGUUUUCUUUACCUUCACUUUUUGUUUAGCAAUUAUUUUCUUUGGGUGCUGACAAAUGCCUGGUACAUUCAAGAAGAGUCUCAGAGCAGACAGAGACUUUCCCAGCCCAGGGCCACUGUGACGGUGGCAUGGGGGCAGGGGGCUCAGGGCAGAGGCUCAGGGCUCAGCAGGGAACAGGGCUUGCAACAGGACUUUACUCCAAAGCUGCUCCAAAUUGUGUUGUAAAGGGAUUUUGGAUGGGUUGGGGAGAUGGCUCCAGCGUGAAGAACACUGGCGCAUGCCUUCAACCCAGGCACUCAGGAGGCAGAGGUAGGCAGAUCUCUGAGUUUAAGGCCAGCCUGGUCUAGCCAGUGUGGUCUGCAAAGCAAGUUUCAGGACAGCUAGAGCUACACAGAUAAUAUAUGUCUCCAACCGCCCUCCCUCCAAAAAAGAACACUGGCUGUUCUUCCAGAGGACCUGGGUUCAAUUCUCAGCACCUUGUGGAGGCUCACAAUUGUCUAACUCCAGUUCCAGGGAACCAACUCAACACCCAUGGCAAAACACCAAUGCACAUGAAUAAAAAUAAAAUUUUAAAAACCCCACCCAUUCACAUUUAAAAAAAAAAAAUCUGUGUGAGUAGGAAGGAAGAAUAACUGAGUGAGAUAGGCCAGAGCCAGGGCGAGUGCUCUGGGAACAGGGCUUUCAAGUGAAGAAGAUGCAGUAACCAAAAAGACCAGGUGGGGAAUAAUGUGUGUGUGUGAGGGGGAACGGAGUUCUCAUGGAGGGGUUGGGGAGGAGGGCGCAGGGCCCUGAUGCUAAGGAGGAAGAAACCCGAUUACAUGGGUGGGUGGGGGUGCGUCUUCCCGAGCCUUUGUGGUUGACUCAACCCCUCUCUGCAUGGGGUCAGGAACCAGGAUAUCCUGGCUUGUAGUCACCCAGGUGGCUCCCCAUGGAAUUCCUUAGAUGUCACCGCCUGGGAGGUCCUCCUGUAGCCAAAGAGACAGGCCAGAGCAGCCUCCCUGGUCCAGAGGGAAGUGGGGGAGGGGGCCCCAGGGCUGUGAUGCCAGCCCGGGGGUGCUAGCUGACCCAGGCGUCCUGCCUCCCCCUGUAAUUAGCAAGCUUCCCCACGCAGAGUUUGCCCCCGUUUUGUGGCUUCCAAUAGCUGUCAGGGAUGAAAGGUGGCCUUCCCUGUGAUUAUGGAGAUGACAGGUGGGUACCCGCGGCUGCCUGCCGGGUGUGGAAGGAGGAGGUAUGAAAACAAGGGUGGGGUCUCCUGGGGUCUGGGUCACUGAUAGGGAGACCUGGCUGAUGACCUGGGCUGGGGGACUGAAGGGCUGUCCCGGGCUCUGUAAACGGGUCUGACCAGUCGGACUCUGAUGGGGAAUCCUCGUCACGGGGCUGGCCCCUCCCCACAGACUGGCCACCUCCUCUCCCUCCUCCACUAUAAAGCCUGUCGGGUUCUCAAGCACCUAGACUCAGAGCACCCCACUCUGGGGGCCGGUAGACAGCCAUAAUGCUCAGCUGGAAGCUGCUGGGCCUCCUGCUCCUUUGCCUGUGUGCACGAGGCAUCUCAGGCAGUGGAGACCCCUCUCCCAGACCCACAGAAGCCCAAGAAGAGGAGGACUCCCCAGCAUUGCCCCUGGGCCCCCCAAUCCCUGGUGACCCGUGGCCAGGGGUACCUCCUAUCUUUGAUGAACCUCCACCUCCAGGCCCCAACCGUCCCUGGAGAGACCUGCCCAAUGCUGGUGUGUGGCCCCCAGAGCCUCCCAGCACUGAUGCCCCUCACGCUCCUCUGCCCGAUGACCCCUGGCCAGCAGGCACCCAGCCCCCAGAAAACCCCUGGCCACCUGCCCCUGAGAUGGACCACGGAUCGCAAGAGGAGCCUGACCUUGACCCACCCCAGGAAGAGUACAGAUAGGGAGGCGCCCCAGGGAAUUUGAGCCUCCUGAGCGCACACUCAAACCCACCUCUUUCCUCUGCUGCUCCUUAAAAUCUCAAUUUUCCCUUUUGUAGCUCCCUUCCUAAGUCCCUGGUUGGAUUGUGUUCAGGUGUCUGUGUUCUGCAUACCUGCUUUUUCACCUCGGGGUCCCUGUUCAGCCCCUCUGCCUCUCUUGGUCAGAAUAACAUAAAACACACGCCUACCUCACCCAACCUAUUCCUGCUUCCUCUUCCCAGGGUGUCUAGACCUGGACCUCCAGGGAGGGCCUGAGCACUGUGCUCCCUACUGCCACCUGGUGGUCUCAGCUGUGACAUGACAAUUGACCAGGAUGGUGCGCUCCCAAAGGGAAAAUAAAAGCCAGGUUUUUUUUCUGUA